AUGUUGGUACCUUUUUUACGUUUGGCUUCGGCUGCUGUUCUAAGAUCCUGGUCUUCUUUACGAGUGUCGGACUUCCUUUCGAGAAGGUUAGUUGAGUUGUGUCAUACAAAAUGGGGUUCAUACCGCCCUCAUACUUACUUCGGACUGAGGACGAGGGAUCCACGGUCGCCUUUGUUUGGGGUUAUGUGGUACGAACAGCCAGAUGUCGUCCAAAUGCCUCAUAUCAGGCAUUGGUGCGAUCAAGCAGAUGGCUUGAAACAUUACGCAUGGUACUCAGCCGAUGGUCGCACUUUUGGCCGCCAAAAUAUUACGGAAAAAGCUGGGAACUUAAGCGUCGACUGGAUUAAUCAUGGGGAAACAUGGACCGCUCGAUUGUACGUGGCUCCAAAAACAAGAUAUGUCCUAAUCCUUUAUUUAGUUGCACAGGAUUCGCAGUCAAAAUUUCGACUUGGACAUCAUUUGAAAAAUAUUAUUAGUGGCCAGACGGAGUUGUUCGGUCCUGUCCGCCUUGCUGUUGAUCUUAGAAGUGGAAACAAAGUCCUGCAUUCUUCUUUGGUAUGGAAUGAAGAACUACAUCUGGAUCAUUUGAACGACUUAUUACUCAUGAAUACAGUGAGUUAUAUUUUAUACCAGCAAAAGCCUUCCAACGAAGGUCGGUUCGCAGCCGUACAGCUGAAUAUCCACACCGAAACGGAAAUUGAGAUAGCUUUCAGUCGUGCCGAAGCUAAAACUGGGCCAAAGUUCCAAAAAGAGCUUGUAAAAAGGGAAUUGGACUUCGAUAGUCGCUUUGAGAGAAUUUUCCAUUUGGAAGGGAAGAAUUAUUCGCCAGUCGAACUUCAAAUGGCAAAGGUAGCUCUGUCAAAUAUGCUUGGAGGCAUUGGCUAUUGGUACGGUUACAAUAGGGUACAAAAGGGUGGUGCGUCCGUAACAACACCUUAUGGGCCCCAUGAACUAUUCUCAGCUGUACCAUCACGGUCAUAUUUCCCUCGAGGGUUUCUGUGGGAUGAAGGAUUUCAUAACAUGUUGAUACGAAAAUUCGACCCUAAACUCAGUUUAGAGAUCCUUGUUUCUUGGUUAAACACCAUGAGUGAGGAUGGAUGGAUCCCCAGAGAAAUGAUUCUAGGAGUAGAAGCCGAAGCAAAGGUUCCGACGGAGUUCAUCGUACAGCGGACGAAUGUCGCGAAUCCUCCCAGCAUUUUUUACAUAGUCGAUCAAAUGCUGGCUGAUAAAAAUGUAAGGAAAAGUCUGGCGUUGGAUGAAAUAGUGGUUAAUAAACCAGUCUUAUUCAGAUGGCGUGGGCGAAACGCUACUACAUUGCAGGAACUUAAUCCAAAGACGUUAGCUUCAGGGUUAGAUGACUAUCCCAGAGCUAGUCACCCUUCUCACGAAGAAUAUCAUUUGGACCUCCGUUGUUGGUUGGCUUUUAGUAGCCGUGUUAUGGAUCGGCUUGCUCAUCUUUAUGAAGAAGAGAAACAUAGAAGUAAAUACGCUAGUGAUGCAUCCUUGUUAGGAAACUACGAUGAUCUUGUUCGUCUACAUUGGAGUGAGGAUAAGAAGGCUUUCUACGACUAUGGUAGGCAUAGUAAUAACGUCCGUCUCGUUAAGAAAUCGCGUAGGGAAUCUCCGGAACAGUUCUACUAUGAAAGGUCAACUAUGAAGGAACCUCGACUUGGUUUUGUGGACGAUGUGUUUGGAUACAAUAGUCUGUUCCCUCUAAUGUUGAAACUCUUGCCACCCGAGUCCGAAAAGCUAGGUCACAUCCUAGAAAAACUCUUGGACCCUGAGUUACUUUGGACUCCAUUUGGAAUUCGAUCUAUUUCUCGAAAUUCGCCUUAUUAUGCUGCUAGGAAUACAGAACAUGAUCCACCGUAUUGGAGAGGUUAUAUAUGGAUCAAUAUUAACUGUAUGGUUCUUUCUGCUCUGAAACAUUAUGGAUCUCUUCCUGGACCCAAUCAGGCUACUUCACGGAGUGCUUUUUUCGACCUUAAGAAGAACCUGGUGAAUAACAUGGCUAAGGAAUUUAAUCGCACCGGUUAUAUCUGGGAGAACUAUGAUGACCGAAGUGGUCAUGGUCGUGGUUCUCAUCCUUUUAAUGGAUGGAGUUCCUUAAUACUGAUGGUCAUGAGCGACGAUAUGCAAGCUUAA